AUGUCGAUCACUCACACUGUACUCUUUCAAUUCAAAGACAGUGUCGACCAAAAAGAUGUAACAAAAACAUGCGAUGAUUUCCUUCAACUGAAAGAUCUGUGUAUCCAUCCUACAAGUAAAAAGCCGUACAUUAUAUCAUUACAAGGAGGCAAGGAUAAUUCGCCAGAGGGGAUGCAGAACGGGAUAACCCAUGGAUUCGUUGCAACCUUCGAGUCGGCAGAACAUCGUGACUACUACGUCAAGACUGACCCAGCCCACCAAGCCUUCAUAGCUCAGGUCGGUGGUCUUGUCGAGAAAGCCAUUGUGGUUGAUUUUACGAAUGGCGUCUACUAG